AUGAACGCGUCUGAUCUUCGCCCUGCUCCACCGAGCAAGCUGGAUAUGGAGGACGCCGAGCCAAAGGCGUCUCGGAUGCGACUGGCGAGUUUUCCCGUUCUUGAAGACGACACCGACAGCUUCAUCUACGAAGAUGACGGAGAAUCUAAUGAAGGAGAUGGAAACUCAGAGCUGUGUAUGUACAUCCAACGCCUUGAGAGGGAGAAGCAAGAGCUCGAGAACGAAGUACAACUGCUACGAGAUCGCAAUGCCAGUCAGCAGAUCAAGUUCCAAGCUACCGAGCGCCGUGUCGAGAUGCUCGAGGCCUCUCUGAAAGACGCCUUGAACGCCAGCGACGCGUUCCGACAGGAAAAAGAUGUGGUACUAGCACUUCAAGCUAGUGAACGCGAGCGGAUGGCUUCACUUGUGGCACUGUUGGAGGAAGCUCAAAAUCGUUACGAAGACGCAGAGCGUGCUCGUCAAAGCGCUAUAUUCAAGCUCAGCUCGCUUCAGGCAUCUCGAGCUGAUGCUACCAGCCAGAGUUUGCUACCACCGGUGACCAAGAGCACCCCGACUCCGCGAGGCAGCCUAAGCUUAGCUUCAGACACCUUCGCGGAUGGAUCGCUAGAUUUUGGCGAGCGCAUCGAAAAGUACAAGCGAGAUAUUGAGCUGCUUCGUCAAAAGCUUGGGUUGACGGAGGAACAAGCGGCGGAGAGGCAGAAGAUGGCGGUGUCGUUAGCGCUGCAUGAGGCGCAGCUCGACUACUCGAACGUGGUUGAGCACAUGAAGCUGGAGUGUGAGCGCCGCUUGAAUGAGUGGCGACACGAUGAAGCUGUUCGAGCGAAGGAGAAGGAGAGUGCCAUGGAUGAGGAUCGCUACAGUAUUCGACUGGAGAUGAAGCACGCACUGCAGCGCUCUCAGAUCGACCAACGGGUUGCUUACCUUCAGGCGCAGGCCGAGUUUACACCGGGAACGCUCAGCCAACGCUCUCCGGCUGAGAGCGAUUUUUCAAUCGGAACGCUCGACGAGGUGCUUGUGCGUAUGCAGCUGGAACAGGUUCGUACUCGCCGGUUUGAAGCGCUCAAGAAGACGCUUCUCAUCCGCCACGCCAAGCUGAACCAAGCAGCGAAAGAGCUCUUCUGCCGCUGGAAAAUACAAACGUCCAACACGAGGAUGUUGCGGCUGAAUGCUAUUCUGCAUAUGCACCGUAUCGUGUUGCACCUUGAAUCUCGCAAGAAGCUCAGAUGCUUCAACAAGUGGAGGACGCAAGUGCAACAACUGCAGGUUCACACUUUCCAAGCCCAGGCGCUUUCGUGCUGGAACCGCAUGAUCGCAGUCGAGCGGAUCAGUCAUGUUAUCGAUCAAACCACUGUGAGUGGUGUGUUGAUCUUGUUGAGUAGUGUUGAUGCAUUUCACUAA